CAUGACCAUACCCACAAAUCCACGAAUUGAAGAUCAUGUGACCCACGAUCGCGAAGAAUUCUGACCCCCGGCGGAUAUUCAUAUUUGAUUCCUCGACACACCACCCAGCUCUUUUUGCGUCCCGACCAGAACAACACCACCCUUCGACAACCAACCCCCCCUCCAAAAAAAAAAACAAAAUGGGUCGUCUUCACUCCAAGGGAAAGGGCAUUGCGUCCUCCGCUCUCCCCUACAGCCGUGCUCCCCCGGCCUGGUUCAAGGCUUCCUCCGAGCAGGUUGUUGAGCAGAUCUGCAAGCUCGCCAAGAAGGGUGCCACCCCUUCCCAGAUCGGUGUUGUUCUCCGUGACAGCCACGGUGUUGCCCAGGUUAAGCACGUUACCGGUAACAAGAUCCUCCGUAUCUUGAAGUCCAGCGGCCUUGCCCCCGAGCUUCCCGAGGACCUGUACCACCUCAUCAAGAAGGCCGUCGCCGUCCGCAAGCACCUUGAGCGUAACCGCAAGGACAAGGACAGCAAGUUCCGCUUGAUUCUCAUCGAGUCCCGUAUCCACCGUCUGUCCCGCUACUACAAGACCGUCGGUGUCCUCCCCCCCACCUGGCGCUACGAGUCCGCCACCGCCUCCACCCUCGUUGCUUAAGCGACUUGCCUUUUGUCGUUGGGUUCCUGGGUUGCGGGUUCUGGUGUGGUUGUGACUUGUCCGUGGUUGGUUCAAUCUCUUUCUCCUUGUGAUCUGAAAGGGUUAGUCAAGGAAAAUGGGAUCUAUGUUCUGGCUAUGAUUAAGUCAUCAAAUAUCAAAAUUCUUCACGACCACUUUUGGUGCUUGGUAGAUGUGUAAAUUGUUGUUUAAGACGUACUGUAUCUGUUGGAAUAUGCAAGACUACUAUACAUGGUAUACCCAACAUCUAUCCAUACAUGCAAUGCACCACUCAGCUAUCAAUGUCCCAACCCAACCAAGCUUAUUCUUCCCAAAGCCAGAAGCAAAUGUAUCAAGACCC